UGAGAGGAGGCGGGCUCUCCAGUCCGGAGCAGCGUUUUGUUCACAACCAACACAGAGCGAAGCUGGAAUAGUGAGAGGGAUGUCUCCAGAGGAUGAACCCCAAAGUCCUGCCCGUGUCUUCGGCUCUACGGCAGAGGACCUCACAGCGAGUUGUGCGGAGCCAGAUCGCUCUCAGGAGCUGGGGAGAAGAAGCAAGGCACGCAGCUGUCUCCAGACCAGACCCCCAGAGGAUGACAUCAGCUGUCGUGGAGCCUCUGCCAGUGGAACGAGCCCCUUCCUGAAAACACUGAUGGACGCGGAAGCAGCUGCCAACUCUGCAGCCGUUCAACUCGUGUCUUUCAAAGAUGCGAUGGAGGAUGAGUUUUCUGAUUCAAGAAGGUCCGCCACGGACAAGCGGCGAGCUGCGAGGCAGAGAGGACUCCUGCUGGAGAAGUUGGUGGAUUUCAGACGAAUUAAUAAAUCGGUUCGACAGAAACUGAAGAAGCUGCAGGAAGCAGAGGUUGAUCGAAUUGACGCCAACCAACACAUUGAGAUGUUAACGAAGAGGAUAACACAGGCUGAAAGUGAUAAUGAGCGUUUAAACAGCGAUCUGACUGAGACAGAACGAAGAUUCGUGGAGUUGAUGGAUCUGCGGAGAGAAGAGCAGGAGAACGUGAAGACUGCCGCUCACGUGACAAAGUCCGUGGAGGCGACUCAGGCUCACCUGCAGGAGCAGCUACGCACCAAGGAAGCUGAGAACAAUCGUCUGACUGCACAGCUGCGGACUCUGGAAAGAACCCGGACUGAGCAGAAGAUGGAGAUUAAAGAUCUGAGAGGAUCCGUCGCCGCUUUGAAUGAGAAGGCAGCGAAGGACAAAGAAUCUCUAAAGAAAGCCACACGAGCACAGAAACUGAGAGCCCAGAGAUUUGAAGCUGCUGUAGAUAAAUGUUAUGCACAGCUAAAGGAAAAGGAUGCUCAGCUGGUCGAUGCCCGUCUGGAAAGAGACUCCAGGAGACGGCAGAAGGAGCAGCAGACGGAUGAGAAAGACAAGCUCCAGGCUCAUGUAGAGCUAUUGAAGAGUCAAAUCACGGAGUUGACAGCGAGGCUGCAGGAGGAGAGGGAUGAGCUGACCGCGGCUCAUGAAACCGUGAUGCAACGUGUUGAAAAGCUCUGCGCUGAAAACGGAGACCUCCGCGUCAAUAAUGCAGCACUUGAGGCAUCAGUUUCUCGGUUGGAGCAGCAGCUGAAUGAUUGUGAGUCGACUCUGGUGGAGGAGAAGGUUGAGUCGCAGGAGAGGAAACAUCAAGCUGAACAGUUUCAAUAUCAGGUCGCAGAACUUCAAGUUGAGCUCGAUGAAAUGAGGAUAAAAUAUAAAAAUAUUUUAAGAGAGACGGAGAAGACAAGGGAUGGGAAAGAAACAGAAGUUGACAGGGUGAGGCAGCAGCUCCAGGCCCGUGUGGACGAGCUGAAGCGUUACCCUGAGUUACUGAGUACAGCCGAGCAGAGUCUGUUUGAGAGCCAGGAGAACCUGCGAAGCUCAGAGGGGAAGUGCUCAGAAAAGUCAGAGUCCGUUAGCCAACUGCAGGUUAAGAUGGGGGGUCAGACUAAAUUGCUGAGAUCAUCGGUGGAGAUGAAAGAAUCCAUUCAUGAGGCCAACGUAAAACUACAAGAGAGAAUUAAUUCUGUUCAAAAGCAGAUGGAGAGGCUGCAGCAGGAGAACCUGGAGCUCGUACGGAGGCUGGCAGAUCAGGAGGAAACUCUGAGCUACAGCAACCGGCAGCUGGGUCAGCGCUCGACGGAGAGUCAGGCCCUCAGUCGGCAGCUGGAGGCCGCAUUAUCAGAUGUUCAACAACAGGUCCAAAAAGUAAAAGACCAGACUGUUUCCCGAGAGGAGAGUCUUCAGACUAAAAUCCUGCAGCUGGAAGCAGAGAAGAGCAAAAGAGACAAAGAGCUGAGUCUUCUUCGCCAGAGAAAACUGACUGCAGAGCGACAGUUUGAUGUGCGGCUGAAGGACCUGCAGCUCAGCCUCGACCAAUCAGAGAGCCACAAACAAAGCAUUCAGAACUACGUCGACUUCCUGAAAAACUCCUAUAAGACCAUGUUUGAUGAGGGACUGCAGACUUCUACUUUUACAUCAUCAUAUUUUCUAAAAUAAUUCAGGGCUCAUAGUUUGACAUUUUAUUGUCUGUAUUUAUUUACGGAUUUACUGUAAAAUUUUAUUUUUGAGGUUUUAUUACCUCAAAUAAGUAAAAACUACUGAACCAAUUUCCAUGAAACUUGGAUGUCAGGUAAGAGCCAAUAAUAUCUUGGUAUGGAUCCGAAUCAGAGGGCGAAACCAGGAAUAUUUUUUUCCCUUUGUCUUUAAUAUUGCAAGAUUUUCAACAUUUCCAUUGAUUUCUCAGGGAAUAAUUAAUGUAUCUUAAAGACAAAAUAGUCAGACAUGUUCAGGGGACUGAUAUUUAUGAGUUUGAUAAUAAUAUCAAUAACAUCCAAAUAAAAUCUGGAUCUAGUGAACGUAAAUGUUCGAGGAAUGCACACUACUAUGUGCCCUUCUAGUUUGAAUCACUUUUAGAGGAAGUAAAAAGUUAUUUAUUUUAUUGCUCUGGCUUUUCUUUAGAUAACUACUUCUUUAUUUAACUGAUGAUCUGUGGCUGUUUUGUUUUUUUUAUCUCCCAUGUCAGAGAAAUCUGCUGCUGUUAUGAGAGUUUUGUUUUAUCUCAUGUCCCAAGAAACUACAGAACAUUUUCACUUGUGUAUGCAAAUCUUGGGCUUUGAGUUCUCGGUGCUACUGUCUCUUACUCCUGUACCUUAAGGAGCCAGUUGCACUAAUGAAGUUAAAGACUUAACCAAAGCUUUACACUUGUCUCAGAUUGUCUGUUUCAAUGUUUCUUACUGACUUGUGUGAAGUUAUUGAAAGUGUCCACAAACCCCAUUCAUUUGUUGGCAGUUGCCUAGUUGUUACAGCACAAGGUUGGAUGAGUGUGCAUCGAUAACAGAUCUUUGGUUUGUUGUAAGAGCCUUAAGAAAUCCGCACAUCGGUUUUGACAGAAAGUUAAUUUGCCAACAAUUUUGACUUUUGAAGAAUUGCUAAAGUCAUUUAUCUCACAAAGUGUUUCCAGCUUUACAAAUGUUGGGAUUUACUGCUGGUCUGUCCUAUUAUGUAUUACUUGGUUACCUUUGGGUUUAGACUGUUAAUGAGAUAAAACAAGUAAUUUUUAGUUACUGAAUGAUUUCCUCAAUUUCCACAACCUGAGAUUUCUCAGAUGACAUCUAAUAAAUACAUAUGUAAGGUGUUUCCAGCCGGUAGAGGCAAAGUGCCACUAGGUGGAACUGUUUAGUUAAUCAUCUUUUCUCCCCUAUAUAAGAAUCUUAUUUACAUACACACAAGGUUCAGUGUCUGACAUUAUGUCUAUUCUAGUGCAACUGGCUCCCAAUAAGAUAUCUUUGCAUUUUUUAAGUCGACAUCUAACAAUGGUUAAUCAAUACAAUUUGUGCUAUAAGAACAAAUGUGUAGCUGCAUAUGCCCCAACCAAGUUUACAUGUGGUAGAAUAAAGCACAUUUAACAUGGUGCUUGAAUGUGAAUAUACUUCCAGCUUUACUCCCAUUGAAUAUUGUGUAUUUGAACACUCUGAUUUUGAGCCAUGACACAGAAAAUGCUCUUUUUACCGCCUCCCUGCUUGAGCAUCAUCUUGUAUCCGUAGCAGCAGCAAUAAUAAUAAUAAGGAAGGUGUGAUGUGUA